CAAUGAUUGGUUAAAAGAAAAAAAAUGGCGGCGUCCGCGUAGUUGUAAAAACAUCGCGAAGCCGUAUUAAAAUUAAAAUUUCGGCGGCGCAAGACAAUUUGGAACUCACUGUGGCGUAUUAUGGUUAUCAUAUUUCUCCGCUUGUAAUGUCCUAAAUCAUAAAAAAUAUUAUCCAUGGCCUUCUUUCUGCAUUAGCUUGCUAGCAAAACCGCUAGCAUAAUAUCAGUGGAACAGAAAGAUCUCAUCUGUCAGCUUUAAACGCCAACAAAAUGCCUGCCUUCCGGCAAGUAGGAGAGAAGCAACUUCCUAACCCUGUACUGUGUAUGGCAUGGUCUCCAAAGAGGGAUCUGAUUGCUCUGGCCAACACAACUGGAGAGUUGCUGCUUCACCGCUUAGCUGGUUUCCAGCGUGUAUGGACCCUACCACCCAGUGAGUAUACUGGCAAGGAGAUCACAGCGAUUGCCUGGAGACCAGAUGGCAAAAUUUUGGCAUUCAGUCUUGGAGACACUAAGCAGGUAGUCCUGUGUGAUGUUGAGAAAGCAGAGAUCCUCCAUGUGUUUCCUAUGCAAAGUCCUGUAACUUGCAUGCACUGGAUGGAGGUGAUUGAGGAGAGCAGUGCCCUCAGCUCUUUUUACAACUCUGAGGAUGAAUCCAAACUCUUUCUUCCCAAACUACCAACUCUCCCCAAGAGCUAUAGUACAACUUCAAAGAUCUUCAGUGAGGAAAAAUCUGAUGAGAUACUUAAACUCCUGGGGGAAGUCCGGCUGAACAUACUUGUUCUGGGAGGAAAUGCAAGCUUUGUGGAGCUUUAUGCCUAUGGCAUGUACAGGAUUGCCACGCUGGAAGGGGUUUUGGGAACGUGCCGGAGCCUGAGUCUGUCCAGUGAUCUUAAGUCUCUGUCUGUCAUCACAGAAGUCAGAUCUGCUGACGACAACCCAGAGAUCUGCUAUGUUCAGCUGGACACAGGGUUGUUGUCAGAUUGCCUGCCUGAGGUCACCAGGAUGGCACGCAAGUUCACCCACAUCUCCACCCUACUGCAAUACCUGCACCUCUCACUUACCUGUAUGUGUGAGGCGUGGGAAGACAUCCUCAUGCAGAUGGAUCUUCGACUCACUAAGUUUGUGCAGGAAAAGAACACAAGCACUCAAGUUCAAGAUGAGUUUCUGGAGCUUCUACUGUGGGGGCAGUCCAGCCCUGAACUGCAGGCUCUUCUCAUGAACCAGCUGACAGUCAAGGGAUUGAAGAAGCUUGGACAGUCCAUUGAGUCUUCCUAUUCCAGCAUCCAGAAGCUAGUAAUAAGCCACCUGCAGAGUGGCUCAGAGGCUCUGUUAUAUCACCUCAGUGAGGUGAAAGGAAUGGCCCUGUGGAAACAAAAGUUUGAGCCCCUCGGCUUGGAUGCAGCAGCUAUAGAAGGCGCUAUCACAGCAGUUGGAUCCUUUUCCCUGAAAGCAAAUGAACUUCUGCAGGUGAUUGACAAGAGUAUGAAAAACUUUAAGGCCUUUUUCCGUUGGCUGUAUGUAGCAAUGCUCAGAAUGUGUGAGGAGCAUGUGCCACCAGAACUCAAUAAGAUGACUCAGAAGGACAUUGCCUUUGUUGCUGACUUCUUGUCUGAGCAUUUUAGUGAGAAUGAGGAACUCUUCGGUCGUAAAGGGAAGUACUUCAACGUAGAACGAGUUGGACAGUACCUGAAGGACGAAGAUGAGGACCUUGUGUCUCCACCCAACACAAAGGGGAACCAGUGGUUGAAGUUUUUACAGGACAGCACACACCUGAAAGGGAGCCCUUUGCUGUUUCCUUCAUAUCCCCAAAAGUCUUUGCACUUUGUCAAGAGGAUGAUGGAGAAUGUGAUUGAGGAUUGUCUACAGAAACCCGCAGAAGUAAUUGGAAAGUCGGUAAAACAAGCCAUCUUUUUGCCCUUGUACAACGUGCCAGAGAGCUCCGAAAACACUCCUCGGCUUUUUGAACUUCCAUCUUUGUGGAAUGACAAAAAGGCCAAAAUGCAUUAUGUUGUGUUUUGCAUGCCAGAGAUUUCACCCCACAAACUCUACCUGUUACGCAGAGGAACUGACCCAAACAGACCUAUCCCAAACAGCGUCAUGUCGAUUAAUCUCACCCAUCACCUUGACAGUGGGGAUGAUGGAAAUGCUGCAGACCAGUCUCAUUAUUUUUACAGCUACCUGGAUGCUCGUUUUUAUGACGAUGAAAUGCUAACUGUGGUCUUACAAGGAUCUGAAGAACUCAACGCCAUGCGUGUCCUUGCUCAAAUUCCAAUUUCUUCCAGCUUAAGCUGCGAGACAGAAUUCAACUGGGAGCCAAACCUGAGGCUGGACCAACAGAGCAGUUCCAUCCCGUCCCAAGGCCUGGUGUUGGGUAAUCAGUGGCGUGAACUGGAAAACAUGAAAGCCCAGUUUGUAGCUGUUAAUGGAAUCCGCAAAGUGGCCUGUGUGCUAAGUACCAAUCUGAGGCACAUACGUGUUUUUGAGAUGGAUGUGGAAGAUGAGGAUGAGGAGGGAGCUGACUCACAAAAUGCCAGUGCUGAUCAGGAAGGACUGGAAGCUACCAUGAGCAGCCAGGGACAAGGAGAAGAGGAGAAUUUGGAGGCUGAAGGUGGGGCUGGAGAGCAGGAAGAGGGAGAAGGUGUUUUUCAAAAAUCUAAGGAGCACCUGGAAUCAGAAGAGGCCCUGGAUAGCUGAGAAGCUAUCUCCAAUAAAUUAAUCUACAGCUUUCUUUUUUGUUACUUACAUUUUGCUGUUAUUGUUGUAGUUUUUCACAGCAUUUGUAAAAAAUAAAUAAAUAAAUAAAUAAAUGAAGAUGUAAAAAUAAAGCUACAUUCUCAUGUUUGCUUUAUCUUGACUAGUAUUUUUUAAUGGGGUCCCACAGGAAGGGACCCACAGCGAGCAUUAUUUAAAAAUAUUUGGAUCCUUUUUUUACAUAAAGUUCUCAAUUAUACCUUAAUAAUAAUACUUUAAAAGUUUUGUCAUCAGAUUAUCAGAAGAUGAAGGCUAGUAUUUAAUUUUACACUGCUAUGUAAAAGUCUUUAACAAUCCCUUGUAAGACCUUGUAAUUUUUUGAUUUUUAGUAAUUUACAAAUUGAGCAAAAGUUCUGAAGGCCUUUUUCUUUGAAUGAAAAAGCAGCCAAUGUCCAAGCAUUUAAUCUGUUCCCAUUUAUUAACUGAUA